AUGAAAAUCAAUCCUCGCGUGUUUUUCGACAUUGACAUUGAUGGUACCAGAAUUGGCAGAAUCGUCAUGGAGCUCUUUGCUGAUGAAGUGCCCAAGACAGCAGAGAAUUUCCGUGCUCUUUGCACUGGUGAAAAGGGAUUGGGUAAAGUGAGCAAUGUGCCACUUCAUUACCGGGGAUCCAUCUUUCAUCGCAUCAUCAAGGGGUUCAUGUGUCAAGGUGGCGAUUUUACUAGACGCAAUGGUGCUGGCGGUGAGUCCAUCUACGGUGCCUCUUUUGCUGAUGAAUCGUUUGCCAGAAAGCAUGACACCCACGGCUUGUUGAGUAUGGCUAACCGAGGGCCCAAUACACAAUCAUCACAAUUCUUCAUUACAACUCGACCCACUCCACAUUUAGACGGUAAGCAUGUUGUUUUUGGUCGUGUUGUGUCUGGAUUCAACAUUGUGGAGACCAUGGAGAACGAGCCGGUGGAUGGCAACGAUAGACCACUUCACAAUGUCAUGAUUGCUAAUUGUGGUGAGCUUGUAUUACAACUGCCACCUGGCGUCAAAUUGAAGCAACAGCAAAAAGCAAGCAAGAGUGGAUCUGAUUCCGGAUCAGCGAGCGAACACAGCAGCAGUGAUGAAGAAGAAAAGGAAGAAAAAGUGGCAGAAAAGAAGAGGAAAAGAAAGAACUCGAUCAGUUCUUCAGAGGAUGGCGAAUCUGAUCACGACAGAAAGAAAAGAAAGCAUAAAAGGCAUCACAAAUCAUCGUCUAAAAAGCAUCGAAAGCACAAGAAACAUCACAAAAAGUCCAGAUCACUAUCAUCGGAUGACGAUCAAGAGAUUGAGGCUUCUAGAAAGAAGGAGGACGAGAUAAAGGAAGUGCGUUAUCAGGAAUACAAAGAUAGAGUAUCUGAGAAGCCAGAAUGGGAGCAAAGAAGACGUUUUGACGCUGAUCCCAAUGUCAAAUUCAAAGGAAGGGGUCAUAUUAAAUACCGUGCAGCAGGAAGUAGCACCAAGAGUAACUUUGGUAGAAUUGAUAGAUAUAGUCGUUCUACGCCAAAGAGCAAAAUUGACUGA